AAAUCUCCCCCUAUGUAUUCCUGGUGCUUACAUCUCCAGCUCAUACAACCUAAGGGGGGGAAAAAAUGAUCAGCUUUCCAAAAUAGCGUCAUUUGUCACAUAGAACAUCAAUAUAUUGACCCCGUCUCUAGUUCUGUCUGCUGUACGGCUUCCAGUCAUAGAGAUUUACACACAUACGGCGAGGACGGAGACAGAACACACCGGACUUCUUUGUGCAUUUGUUGUCUGGAGCGGACGUGGAGCAUCAGAUCCUAUUGACGAAAGUAAUUAUGGCUCCCUGACAUCUCCAGCAUCUACACUGAGAUCCUCUGCAAAUGUACGAGGAAGGAGCGGCAGCACAGUCAAUCAGAUCCGAUGUAAUUUGUGGCUUUUGGUUACCUCCACGCCUUCAAAUCCACAAGCCUUAACGACCAGAUUUACCAUCCCCGUGAUAUUAAAAGGUCGAAAUUCAUGAGUUCGCCCAGCCUCAUUGACCUGGGCAAGAGAGAGCAGGCAGCCUUGGACGAGCGGGGGACGCAACAGAAGCGAGCCGGGUCCAACGCCACCUGGAACAGCAUCCAGAAUGGAGUAAUUUCAGUCUUCCAAAAGAAGGGGCUGCAGGAUCAUGAACUCUACAAUCUGAAUGAAGGUGUCCGGCAGCUGUUGAAAACCGAACUGGGCUCCUUCUUCACAGAAUACCUUCAGAACCAGUUGCUCACUAAGGGGAUGGUGAUCCUGCGAGACAAGAUACGUUUUUAUGAAGGACAAAAACUCCUUGAUUCCUUAGCAGAAUCCUGGGAUUUCUUCUUCACCGAUGUUCUGCCAAUGUUACAGGCAAUCUUCUACCCUGUCCAGGGGAAGGAGCCUUCCAUCCGUCAGCUGGCUUUGCUGCAUUUCAGAAAUAUAAUAACCCUAAAUCUUAAACUGGACGAUGCCUUAUCCCGCCCACGAGCUCGAGUACCUCCCUCCAUCAUUCAGAUGCUGCUAAUACUUCAGGGUGUCCAUGAGUCGAAGGGGGUGUCGGAAGAAUAUCUUAACCUGGAACAACUUAUACAGAAGGUGGUCUCUCCAUACCUUGGUACAUACGGGUUGUACUCUAGUGACGCUCCAUUCACCCAUUCCUCCUGUAUCUUGGAGAAACGCAUGUUCAGACGUUGUCCCAAAUCUGGUGAAAUCAUCACUAAGAAUCCAGUGGUGAGAUCCAAGAGCUACAACAAUCCAUUGCUGACCCCGGUAGCCGAGUACGAAAUAGAAAACCAUACAUCCAAUGGGACUGGAAUCAGAAGACACUCAGUAUCGGAGAUGACCUCACUUCUGGAGAUGCAGGGAUACUCCAAUCUAACCACCAUUCUGGACUCAAGCUCCAAACUCUCAAUGUCCACUGCCAAACCACAAGCCACGGGGGAGCUGGAGCAUCCAGCCGUGGGCAAUGGACAGUUUCCUUCAAUGCAUAACAACAGUGAACCUCAACAAGGACUGUUCCACAGCACAAGCUCCAGGGAGGAUAUAGCCAGAGACUCCACUUUGAUUCCGGCCCCAUCUUCCAGCCCAGAGACAAUUGUUGACCAGAUCUUAGAAUCCAUAGACUCCGACUCGGAAGGAAUUUUCAUUGAUUUCGGAAUAGGUUGUGCCAAAUCUUCAGGAUACACCAUGGAUGUCGGACGGCAAAGCCUUGUAUAAUAAUCUUCUUUUACUUUCUUCUUUCUUUUCACUUCGGGUUUACAAUGAGUUGAAGGUUUCCAUUGGCCUCAUGUCUAUUGAUUUCUCUACAUUUUUUUUCCCGGUUUCCAUUAAAUGUAUGAUACAUUUCUG